ACUUGGCCUAGGCCUUACGAACCAAACAAACAGUCAACAAGGCGUCCUGACAAGACAUUUCUCAUUGCGUACACCUGAGAUCAUGGUACCAAGAGGGCUCUGAUGUUCCGUCAAUUUAUCAAAUUGCUCCUUGUUGUUAUGCUUAACGUGUUACUCCGCAAACCAUCAACCCCUCUCUCCCGCAUAUUAUUAAUUUUUUCCCCCUACAGAAAACGAGCCAGCACGCAACUGGCUCCAAACAGGGACCUGCUAGGUCAGCAGGAGAUCUUCCGACUUGAGAUAUCAGGCCGAAUAGCUGGGAUAUAUAAACUGAAUAGCUUCCGCGAGCACUCAUGUCACCCACCUAGCACGCCACGUUAAGCACAUAAUAAGCGGUCACCAUGGACGACCAAGUUUACUCCUUCAUCCAUGGUCUAGGGCAUAUCGGAGAAGGCCUUCACCCCGCCGACCCCCAUGCUUCC